AGUCCAAAUUGAACCCCUUUGUCUCGGUCGCCUCACGGUGGCGGCCCCGAAACAAGAAUUCAGCAGAGGAGCGAGACUGUGGAGCAGACUGUCUCCUCCCCCCGCCAUACAGUGCCCCCUUCCCCCUGCUUCUCCACACCCCUCCUUGCUCUCCAUGCUUUUGUGUUCGUGUGUGUGUGCGCGCGCGCGCCGUGGAGCCCACUGCGCACCCAAAAACCGUGUGUGCAUGGAAUAGCAGCUCUGACUUGCAGAUCUGGAUGUAGGAAAAAAGUCAUGGAAGCGCUUUGUUAGAAACCCGUGGGGGCCGGUAAAGUGGGGGGGGGCGUCCGGACGCAUGUGAGGCGUUCGCUUAUCCUGAGCCAGGACCCGGGAGAGGAGAGGACAGAAGGAAGGAGGAGAGGAGAGGAGUUACUAGCAAGUGCGGCAAAUUGGACUUUUCCACCAUCAGCAUCCUCCCCUGCAUCUUCCCCUUCGCCAUCCCUGCUUGGAUCUCCCUCCUCUUCUCCAUAACUCCCCCAAAUUUCCUUCCCCCUCGCACCGGAGCGCCUCCUCGGAGCACCGACAAGGGUUUGGAUUCGGGGGGUGACCUGGAAGAUGCUGGACUGAAAGGGACGUCGCCAAACUGGAGCAGCACGCACGACCACGCCGGGGGGGAAGGGGGCGACGGGACUCGGUGAAUUCACGGAAUCCCCGGGACAGAGGCUGUGACUGGCCCCACCCCAAGAUGACGUCUCCCAAGAGUAAAGCCAAGAAGAAGCAGACUAAAGACAGCCUCACACUGCUCCCCUGCUUUUAUUUUGUGGAGCUCCCCAUUGUCCUGUCUUCCCUGGUGUCCCUGUACUUUCUGGAGUUGACGGACGUGUUGUCCCCGGCGAUGGUCGGCUUCCGUUGCCAAGAUCGCCAUCUCUCCAUGCCCUACAUAGAGACGGGGGAUGAGCUCAUUCCUCUCUUGAUGCUGCUGAGUUUGGCGUUUGCAGGACCAGCAGCUUCUAUCAUGUUGGGGGAGGGCGUGAUGUACUGCAUGCAGUCCAAGCUCAAGACCUGCCCCAAGUCAGAAGCCAGCAUAAAUGCAGGCGGCUGCAGCUUUAACUCCUUCCUGCGCAGGACUGUGCGCUUUGUAGGUGUUCAUGUAUUCGGUCUCCUGGCAACAGCUCUGGUGACAGAUGUCAUCCAGUUGGCAACUGGUUACCAUGCACCUUUCUUCCUCACUGUAUGCCAGCCCAAUUACACGGCUCCGGGAGUGUCAUGUGACAACAACACCUACAUCACACAGGACAUCUGCAUGGGAAAAGAUCAGUACGCCAUCAUGUCGGCUCGGAAAACAUUUCCAUCCCAGCAUGCAACGCUGUCUGGCUUCGCUGCUGUAUAUAUCUCUAUGUACUUCAAUGCCAGCAUAAGCAGCACAACCAAGCUGCUGAAGCCACUGCUGGUGUUUGCCUUUUGCAUGGCGGCUGGUCUCGCAGGUCUGACACAGAUAACACAACACCGGAGCCACCCCAUAGACGUCUACGCGGGGUAUCUGAUCGGAGCUGGCAUUGGAGUCUACCUGGCUGUGUACGCUGUGGGAAACUUCAAAGCCUCAGAAGAAGAUGCGCCUCCCCUGCAGAGACUCACCUCAGUCUACCAGAAAGAUGGCCUGAGGACGUUUAGCCAGCGGAGCCAUGACUCCCUUUACAGGAAGACUCCGAGAGUGUCAGAGAGCAGGGAGGAGCUGGGGGCGGGACUUGGAUCUGGAGCUCGCAGUAAGGUGAGGAGGGAGAAGGCAUCUGUGGGCUCCCUAAAGCGAGCAAGCGCAGAUGUGGAGUUGCUGGCAACCCGUGGUCCUAUGGGCAAGGAAACCAUGGUAACCUUCAGCAACACCCUACCUCGGGUCGCAAACGGCAACAGCCCCAUCUCUCCCUCUGAUGAGCCGGUCGGGACGCAGCGCCACAUGACUUUCCACGUUCCCUUUGACCCCCAGAGGUCUCGGCAGCUCGUGUCAGAGUGGAAGCAGCGCUCGCUGGAGCUGCGGAGCCAGAGCUCAAGAGAUGAAGAUGAGGGUGUGGAUGAGAGGAGUCGAGGAGAAGCAGCUGCAGGAGAACCGGAAAACCAAGGGAUGCCUUCGUCUCUUUACCCCACAGUGCAGGCCAGCAACAGCACCGCCGCACAGUCUGCAGCUAACAGGAUGGUGGUGGCACCCCCGCUGGUUCACAUCCCAGAGGAGGCCUCUCGGCCACCGCCUGUCUCCCCAAAGAGUGCCAAAACCCGAGCCAAGUGGUUGUCACUGACAGAGGGAGGAGGCGGGAAGGAGCAUGGACCCAUCGCGGUGUCAACUCCUAGAGUGCCAAACACACAACCCAACCAGCCCCCCAGCCAGCAGAGAGUCACUCAGGUGAUUGCCAUGUCUAAACAGCACGGUCUCGGGCAGAGCACCUCGUCCACAAAGACGUCAGAAGGCGGUUCCUCCUCAGGCGGUGGCUCCAACUGCUCCGAGUCCCCCUACUACCGGAUCCAGUCUGACCGAGACAGCUGCAGUGGGAGUAACCCGGGAAGCAUCGGAGGCAGCGGGAGCAUUGUCACCAUCGACGCUCACGCACCACACCACCCGGUGGUGCGCGUGUCGGCCAGUAAUGGCAAGCCGUGGGAGUGGAGAAACACCAUCAGUGGUAACAUGAUGACGGCUGACCCGUCGGGCGACAAGCACCGCAUGUCUCUGCAGCGCCAGGACAACGUCACGCACUACCGGGACUACCGGACGCUUCCUGUCAAAACAGACUCGCUCUGCUCCUCCACCGCCAGCGGCAGCAUCGAGGGAGGAGCUGAGCUGCCUCCCCCACCUCCUCCCACCUCCACUUCCCCUCUGCCCCCACCCCCUCAACUGUCUUCAUCCCCUCUUCCACCUCCACCGCUCCCUCAGCCGUCCUCGUCCCCCUUGCCACCGCCUCCUCCUCACUCUGGCUCCUCUCAAAUGCCAAUACCCCCCCCUCAUUCUGCCCCUUCUCACAUGCCUCCACCCCCUCACCCAUCACCUCGGAUAUCCCCCCCUCUUCUUCUUCAGUCCUCACAAAUGCCUCCGCCUCCCCUACCGUCUUCUUCCCCAUUGCCUCAUCCCUCUUCCUGCAUGCCUCCACCUCCUCACCCGUCCUGCUCCGGCAUGCUCCCCCCUCCUCCCCACCCUGACCUGCUGAUUGAUGGCCACAGCCAGGCUCUUUCUCGUACCUCCACCCUGCCUCGCCGGCCCUCCGUCUCCACCCACAGCCACGCCGAGCAGGAGCAUUACUACAAGACCAUGCAGGAUGAGAGGAUGUUAUGAGCGGAACCGCCUAGAAAAGACAGUGAGCAAUAAACACAGACUUAUAACUCUUGAAAUAAAUUCCUACUCACACAUACAGCUGCAUCAACCACAACUGCUUCAGGGUGAAAAGACAAACACUAAGCUCCACAUCUACUUUAAAAGAUUUCUUCAGAUGGUCAAAGAAAGAAGGAAAAAAGCUGUAGAAACAGAUAAAUGAACAUUUCUCUUUCGAAAAAGGUUCAGACCUGUAAAACAACAACAAAAAACAUCUAAAUCAAGGGCAGCCAACCAUCACAUGCUUUGGAAUCUAUCUAAAAACCCUAUAGAAAAAUUAGCUCUGGCACAGGUUCAAUACAUGAGUGUUCUCUGCUCAAAGUAAAAAAAAAAAAUGGAAAUGUUGUUUCUGACGCCAAGCAAAUGUGUCAGCAUCCACCAGAGAGCCGGCUUAGGAAGCUCAAUUCUAGUGAACUGGAAGAGGAGGGAGGGGUGUGAGGAAGAUCAUGCACAGUUGGGCACCCACAUGCAGACGUCACCGAAGGGAUUACUGUUGUAAACAUGAGAGGCAAUGGAACAGAAAGACAAUUGUUUCUAAACUAAAGAGGCCGACCGAGCUGCAUGGCACAAUAAGCCGGGCAGACGGUGUGUGUGCGUGAAAGCUGUGAGGGGGUGCAGCUUCAAGGCACGAGUGCUUGGUCAUGAAACCAGGCAAACACUUAUACAAAGUGGUAGUGGGAUUGGUUGAUCAACUUCUGAGCUUCAAAGUUGUACAAUGAAUCUUUGAUAUGCAUCUAUGAUUUUAACAGCGAUGGUUCAGAUGGCGAGGCUCUGCAGCAAAAUACAUCGGUUCUGGUGAUGCCCUUUAACAAGCAAACCUUGUUCAGAGCCAAUUGUUGACGUGAAAUAACUUUGUUGAUCAAAUUAAGGCGUAACAAACCAUUGAACCUCACAACUGGCUAACAGGAUUUAAGUCGAACUGAGAUACUACUUCGUUUACAUCAAACAGUCAUCAGCAAAUGUGGAUUUUUCCGUCACUUCAGUUGAAAUUGUAAAUAUUUAGGCAAACUAUGUGGCAAAUGCAUCUGCCGAUGAGGAUUGUGUCAUCAAGCUGGAAAAAAAAACUGUGUAUAAUGAAUGGAGAUUGUGUAUUUUCAUUACCAGACUACGUGUUGCGUAAGCCUUAUAUACUUUUGGAUUAAAGUUAAUCUGGAAACAAAAUGGAAAAGGGGUCAGCUGAAGGCUUGUUACACCCAUUGGCUGUACACGAUUACUUAACUUGAUUAAGAAAAUGGCUUAUUUCUAGUUACAACAAAAUUAAGUUAAUUCAGUCACCAUUUUUCUGUGAUGUGCAGGUACUUCCUGUUUGAAAAGCUAGGGAUAGGGGUCCCUCUAUCCAGUUCUCACAUACAGUCAACGGUUACAGCAACAAUUCUGACCCCAUGGAAAAAUGUCCAACUGUAAAAUUAAAAAAUACAAAUUUGCAGUUGUUUUCAAAAGUGUUCAGCUUUUGUGACUAAAAUGUAAUUCAUUCCAUCAUAUCUCAUUGGGCUUUUUUUAAAGUUGACCUCAAAAAUGCACAAAUAAGGCGUGGUCCUUUAACUGACAGGUGAUGUUGAGUCCUCAGCUCUCCAAUUGCCUUACAAGGUAUGAACAACUGCCAACCUUUUUGCCAGUUUUUGAUAAGAUUGAUGUUCUAUGAUAUCAUAGGAAGAGACCAAUAGGCUCAAUGGAAACCAAGGGGAUAAGUGACCACAUCUUAAAAUAAUCAGAUCUUGUUCUAACUUUUCUGUCCUAAAAUGAAUUUUUUUUUGUUUUUUGGAUUAACAAAUCUUUUUCCAAAAUAUGUGUCUAUAUCAUCUCCAAAAAUGAACAUCCUUUAAAAAAAAUAAAAUAAAGGAUGCUUCUGCUUAAAUUGCAGCAUGGUGUUAAAAGCUGCCGGAGUGGUCAGUGGAAUUUAUUGCUCUCUUUUAAAGCAAGCCUUAAGUUUGAAUGAGUCAUACAUAAAAAAUGUGUAUUUUUAAUUUAAUUUAAAUAAUUUGACUAUGAACCAAAUCUUUAGACAGGAUAUUUUGUUAUUCAGACAAAACAAACAAUAAACUUAUGUCAAUCUGAGCAUUUGUCCACAAUCCCAAAAAUUUUUUUUUGAGUCAGCUUAUUAACAUAAAUAAUCUAAUUAUGGAAAAGAUCUGUCUGUGCAACAUCUGCACGCUUCUGCCUCUUGUGUGCAUUGAAGUCAUUUUGUACAGAGUAGUUAUUGCCUGGUAUCUUUGUUUUAGAACUUUAUUCUUUAAUGACAAGCACAGUCAUGCGCGGGUGAAGUCGGUGUCCUUCUGUGCACAACAAACAUCUAAAGGAUGCAGUCAUGUGCAAACGUUAGUACCCUUCUUUUCUCUGUUUCUUGUUGGUCAGAAACAUACUGUAAAAAAAUUAACAGUGUGCAUUUGAGAAAUACAACUUAAAAAAACAAUUUUGAGUCUUAAGAUCAAAAAAUCUGUUUCAGAUUUGCCUGCUUUUUUUCUCAUUGUUCUGAUAUAUAACUCAAUUUCUAACACGUUUUUGGCAUGUAACAGAUUUUCUUUGAAUUGUUUUAGUGUGCAGUUGCUUUUGUGUAGUCAAUUACUGGAAGGUGUCCAAGUUCCAUGACUGCAAUGCAGGCCCAAAUCAAAUUCUAUUUAUGCACCACUUUUUAUACAAUAGUCAAUCACAGAGUUCUUAACAUCAACCUAUUCAAACACCAAAAAGCCAUGUCCACAAAAGAAGUGUAUCAAUGAAAAUAUUGCCCACACAAACAUCCAUUGAAACGUAGUAAAAUACCCAGAAAGAACCUAGAAAAUGUUGUCAAUGUGGAGAGUAGUAAAGUAAACAUGGAAAAAAAAAAAGAUUUACAAAUUAAUGCAGUUAAACUAAAAUGUCAUGAGAAAACAAAACUAACCAGCACUUAUCAAUAAAAGCCUAAAAAAAUUAAGUCAAAUGCAUAAAAUAAAAUAAAAUAAAAAUUUAUUAACCUGUACAUUUAGUUAAUGGCAAAUUUCAAAAAGUAGGUAUUAAGCUUCUUGUAUAAAAACAAUUCCCACUGGUGUAGAAUUCCUCAGAUCCUCAGGGAGGCUUUUCCACAGACGAGGCCCUAAGUGAGGUUUUCUUCUGACCCGUGGAGCUGCACCUGAGGACCCGGGGACUCUGGGAAAACAUGUUAAAACAACCUUCAAACAUUUACAAAAUCAACAAAUGGAGCUUAAAACAGAUCAUCUCUGUGCUUGAGUGUUUCGGUUCAAAGUCUGUGCUUUUAAGGACCCACUCUGAUUUUAUUUCUGGGUUAUUUUAAAAGUGUUCUCAGUAGUCUUUUAAUUAUAAUUAUGCAGUUUUUAUGCCAAAAUCAAAAAAAUUUGUUUCAUAUUCUUGGACAUAGUUUCUGCAGAGGGGAGCCUACCCAUUGUAUUUGCUACGUCACAAAUAACCUCUUUAUUUAAACUGAAAUCCUCAGAAAUGCAAUUUUGAGCUUAGUUUUCUGUAUACAAGCACUCCAACAUCAAAAAAAUAGCACAAGAACAUGUCAGAAACGCAAUUUUCAUCAGAGUGGACCUUAAAUAAAAACAAAAAAUUGAAAAAGCCUUUUACAUAUGAGGCAAAAUCUCUUCAACUUAAAAAAAACUUAUUCUAGGUGGCUGUUUUCAAAACAUAUUCUGCUCUGGAAACAUUCUGGACAGAUGAGUAUUUACAGAUAUGUAUCUUAAAUAGAACUUUAGGGCCUAAAAACUCUGCUUAGAAUAGAUCUGCUUCAGAAGAUUUGCUCAAAAGGUUAUGUGGUUAAUUGAGAAACAAAUGAUUAUAGUCAAUGUCAGUCCUUGGGGAUCUCAGCUUCCAGAAGCUGAACACUAAAUUAGCAGAAAUGCAGUCAUAAGCCUUUUUUGAAUGAUGAAGGUCUUUCCUUUGUUUAAACAUUUACCUGGACAUCUGGUUGUAACUUUAUAAUUCACCAUCCAUUUUUGUUUUCACUACAAGAAAACUUAGAAAGAGGAAACUUCGGCGUUUGCACACAACUGCAUAUCAGCAACUUUUGUACAGUCGUUGUUGGAAGAGGUUGUGUAAAAUGAAUCAAGGUGUGUUCUUAGAGGUGCUCCUCACUCCAGGAGCUGGUAGGUAAACUUACUUGUCGGUUUGUGCUGCAUGUAUGUGUGAAUGUACUUUUUGUUGUCAUCAUUUUAAUCUGUGCUUGACGUGCUGGCGGAGUUACAGUCUGGUGAUUCACUUUUGACCCAUUUUGACUGUAAAUAUACUUCCUCAUCCUGUCAGAUCAGUUUGAACUCCAGAGUCUUUUUUUAUGGACUGAUGUUUGCUUUUUUUAACUGUUGUUGUAAUGUGUAACUUUAUUAACCUUGUUGAAUAAAAAAAUAGGUCUUCUUAA